AUGGACCUGCCGGUGGUGGAUCUCGCGCCGUAUCUCCGGACCGCCGCCGGCGACGCGGCCCCGGCGGGCGAGGAGGAGCUGCGCGCGCUGUGCGCCACGGUGAGCGCUAGCCUGCGGGACACGGGGGCGCUGCUGGUGAUGGACCCGCGCUGCUCCGCCGCGGAUAACGACCGCUUCCUCGACGUCGUCGAGCGCUACUUCGCCCGAUCCGCCGACGCAAAGCGCCUCCAGGAACGGCCCCACCUCCACUACCAGGUUGGUGUCACACCCGAAGGGGUGGAAGUUCCUCGCAGUUUGGUCGACAAGAACAUGCAGGAGAAGAUCAGGAGCAUGCCCGAGGAGUUUCAGCCAGCCACGCCUAAAGGGCCGGACCCGAAAUGGCGGUACAUGUGGAGAGUGGGUCCUCGCCCUGGAAAUACCCGCUUUAAGGAGCUAAACUCAGAACCUGUUAUCCCUGAGGGAUUACCUGAGUGGAAAGAGACGAUGGAUUCCUGGGGUUCUAAAAUGAUUUCUGCAAUUGAGGUUGUUGCUGAGAUGGCUGCAAUUGGCUUUGGCUUGUCCAAGGAUGCAUUUACUUCUUUGAUGAAGGAGGGACCACAUCUCCUGGCACCAACUGGAAGUGACCUGCAGCGUCAUGGUUCUGAGGGCACCGUUUUUGCUGGAUUCCACUACGAUCUUAAUUUCUUGACAAUACAUGGCCGGAGUAGAUUCCCAGGCCUUAACAUCUGGUUAAGGAAUGGUAAAAAGAUGGAGGUGAAAGUCCCUGUUGGUUGCCUUCUAAUUCAGUCUGGAAAACAGCUGGAAUGGCUUACUGGUGGUGAGUGUUUGGCUGGAAUGCAUGAGGUAGUAGUGACCAAGAGAACACUAGAGGCCAUAGCACUAGCGAGAGAACAAAAUAGAAGCUUGUGGAGGGUCUCAUCAACAUUGUUCGCGCACAUUGCUUCGGAUGCAAUUCUUAAGCCGCUCGGCCACUUUGAUGAAACACCUGAUGCUUAUUCCUAUCCACCUAUAUGCGCCGGGGAUUAUGUCGAACAGGAGCUUUCAGUGAUUAACCUGAAAGGAAAGGAUGGAGUAUAG